AUCCCAUCUUGGGUGCUGGGAGUCGAUCGCAAAGGAGGCCACGAUCGUCAGGGGGACCAGCAUCAGGGGUAAGCCCCCAGCCAAGAAUCUUGUCUGAGUGAACCGUCUUCUUCUAACAAGUUGCGCAGAGGGAAGCACAAACAGGGAGCUCUCACACGUGGAGAUGCCCGACAUUGAAGAGAAAUACGGCUUUCCGCACGCCCUAGGGCACCGGUCAUCCCUCGCGGGCGGCUUGUUCGAAGGGUGCCAAAGGGAGCGCGCCAUCAAGUUUCACUUCUCUACGUCGCUGGUGAGGGUCGACGCAUUCUCGCCAAAACCGGUCAUCACGGUCAAGCCUCGGGACGGCGAUGAGUACACAGUAGAAGCCGACAUCCUUCUCGCGUCCGACGGCAUCAAAUCGGCAACGCGCAAGCAAAUGCUGGCAGAGCUGGGUACCGAAUCUCAGGAAGAAGACACGGGGCAGGCCGCAUACCGCAUCAUGUUGAAGCGCUCCGAGAUGGAGCACGACCCGGAGAUGCUGGCGCUUCUGGACAGCGACGAGGUUGUGCGCUGGGUCGGCGAACGGAGGCACAUCAUUGCCUACCCGGUCAGCAACAAGCAGAUCUACAACCUGUCAUCAGCGCAGCCCGACAUCCACUUCGCGUCGGCCACCAACGCGACCUACACGACCAGGGGCUCCAAGUCAGAAAUGCUCAAGAUGUACGAGGACUUUUGCCCGCUCGUGCACCGCAUGCUCGAUCUCGUGCCGGACGGCGAGGUGUGCGAGUGGAAGCUGCGCGUCCACAAGCCGCUCCCCACAUGGGUGCACGGGUCGGCCGCAUUGGUGGGCGACGCCUGCCACCCGACGCUGCCGCACCUUAGCCAGGGCGCGGCAAUGGCCAUAGAGGACGGCGCCGUACUGGCCGAGGUCGUGAGCAGAAUCCCGAGCGACAAGCUGCACGAUCCCGUGACCAUAACCAAGACGCUCAAGGUGUACGAGCUGCUGCGCAAGCCGCACUGUAGCGCACUUGUCGACCUGGCGGCGCACUCCGGGCGGAUAUUGCAUCUCGGCGAGGGCAAGGCGAAGGAAGAGCGGGAUCGCUUGUUCCGCGAGAACGGCAAGUCGGGCACCGUGCCGGACAAGUGGGCUAGCCCUGACGUCCAGAGGAUGAUCUACUCUCACGACUGGAUCAAGGAGGCGAAUUCCAAAUUUGAUGAACUGUUUGCGACAUUAUAG